AUGCCAAAUUGUAUCUCCAUUGAUUCAAAUUCACUCCGCGCAUUUAGCGCCAUCUAUGUGAUAAUCCUGGACGUGCGCGUGCCGUGCACGCCGGUGGCCCGGCUCAACAACCACCGCGCCUGCGUCAACGGCAUCGCCUGGGCGCCGCACAGUUCCUGCCACAUCUGCACAGCCGGUGACGACCACCAGGCUCUCAUAUGGGACAUCCAACAAAUGCCUCGUGCCAUUGAGGACCCGAUACUGGCGUACACCGCGGCCGAGGGCGAAGUCAACCAGAUACAGUGGGGCGCCACACAACCCGACUGGAUCGCUAUAUGUUACAACAGGCACACGGAGAUACUACGCGUUUAGGUACAUAUUUAUAUAUAGAAUAUUCAUGGUGAAGUACGCAGGCUCUACACGUAUAGUAUAAUCGGUAUAAAGUUAGCAUCGUCCUUUAAAAUAAUAUUUUCCCCAUCCGCCAUAUCUGAUAAUUAAAUGACGGUAAUUGGUCGGAUACGAAAGACGGCUCGUCGCCGAUUGGCUCAAUUUGUUUAUAUUUACCUUCCAAUAUUUGAUCAAAUGUUAUUACAACGUAUGUAAAAUCCGAUGAACAAGCGUUAAAAUUAAUUGAAUAAUCGUUAAAAGAUAAAGCGUUAAAUCUUUGAUCAAAUAUUUGUGUUGUUUAAAAUUCAGAUGAUGGAAAAUAAGACAUCUCUUUCAACGUUUGGGAUUAAGGAGAAAUAUAAGACACAAUGUUGUAGCUGAUACCACAGGCAUCCCUGUUU